AUGUCUAUUCGAAUUGAUUCUAAACUCACUAACUCCACUUUUCUCCUUACCGGUUUCCCUGGCCUUGAAGAGGAAUACCCCUGGCUCUCAAUCCCUUUCUCCUGCAUCUAUGUGACCAUCCUUUCAGGGAACUGUCUGGUAUUGCAUGUGAUCCGCACAGAGCCAAGCCUGCACGAGCCCAUGUUCUACUUGCUGGCCAUGCUGGCACUCACGGACCUGUGCAUGGGGCUGUCCACAGUGCACACUGUGUUAGGGAUACUAUGGGGGCUCAGCCAGGAAAUUAGUCUGGAUGCUUGCAUUGCCCAAACAUUUUUUGUUCAUGGUCUAUCAGGCAUGGAGUCUGGAGUCCUUCUUGCCAUGGCUUUUGAUCGUUUUACUGCAAUCUGUAAUCCUCUGAGAUAUGCAUCCAUCCUCACCAAUACCAGAAUCAUCAACUUGGGUGUGGCCAUCUUAGGAAGGAGUUUCCUUCUCAUUAUUGCUCCCAUUGUCCGCCUUAAAUUCUUCAUUUACUGCCGUCCCCACAUCCUCUCACAUUCUUUUUGCCUGCACCAGGACCUGCUCCGGCUGGCCUGCUCUGACAUUCGAUUCAACAGUUUCUACACCUUAGCCUUAGUGAUGUGCAUACUAUUUUUGGAUUCUGUGUUUAUUCUUAUCUCCUACAUCUUAAUCCUGUAUUCAGUCUUGACUAUUGCAUCCCGGGAUGAACGGUUCAAGUCCUUGCAGACCUGUGUCUCUCACAUCUGUGCAGUCCUGGUUUUCUACAUCCCAAUCAUCGGUCUGACCUUGGUACAUCGCUUUGGGAAGCACCUGUCUCCUGUGGUUCAUGUCCUCAUGGGCAACAUCUAUAUCCUUUUUCCACCUUUAAUGAACCCCAUCAUCUACAGCGUCAAGACACAACAAAUUCGUAGCAGGAUCCGAAGAUGGCUCACUAAAAAACCCUAA